AUGCUCUACGCCUAUGGGCCGACUAAUAUUGUCGUGCUGAUCUUCGGCGGAUGCUGUGCCAAUGUCUUUGCCCUCGAGGCGCUGAUUCAGAGCGAGCCAGAUAGCGGCGUCAUCAUAACCUUCCUCCAGUUCUUCUUCACAGCUCUCGCCGCCUACUCUACCCAAUACUCGUCAUCCGCCCCUUACACCAUCCGGUCGCCCGGCGUGCCUAUCCGAAGAUGGGCCAUCCUCGCCGCCAUGCACUUCGGCAUCAACAUGCUGAACAACUGGGCUUUCUCCUACCGCAUUAGUGUCCCCGUGCACAUCAUCUUGCGCAGUUUUGGGAGCGUGACGACCAUGGCCGCGGGCUUCCUGCGUGGGAAGAAGUACUCUUUCCUGCAAGUGUUGAGUGUCGUGUUGUUGACGGUGGGCGUUGUAGUGAGUGCAUGGGCGGAUGCCGAGGGGAAGGGCAAAUCCAUGUCUUUCAGUAUGGACUCGUUCAACUCGGAUUUCGGCAACGGCCUGCUGGUCUUGCUGGUCGCGCAGUUCCUGUCGGCUUACAUGGGCACCUACACGGAAGACACGUACGCCAUCUACGGCGCAAACUGGAAGGAGAGUCUGUUCUACUCGCAUUUCCUGUCGUUGCCGCUCUUCUUACCUCUUGCGGGAGUGCUGAGGAAGCAGUACUCGAGGCUUCUCUCCACUUCCCCACUGGACAUCAAAGCUCUCGCGCGAUCUUCGCCCACCCUUGAACCGCUACUGACUACCAUUCGACGUUCGCCCAUGUUGACCUCCUCCAUCGAAGGCCUCCCGCAAGGUGUCGUCUUCAUGCUCGUGAACAUCCUCACGCAACUGGCGUGCAUCACCGGCGUCAAUCUACUCUGCGCCAAAUCGUCGGCGGUGACGGUGACGAUUGUGUUGAACAUCCGCAAGCUCGUCUCGUUCAUCCUGAGCACGGUGCUGUUCGGCCAUCAGCUAAGCGGGAUGAUGAUCCUGGGCUCGACACUGGUAUUUGGAAGCGGGGCGUUGUAUGGCUACGAAACGAGUUGGAGGCUGCCGCAGCAAAAGCAGACAGAAGGGGGCAAAGCAAAUGGGCAGGUGAAGAAGGAUUGA